UGUGCCUCGCAGGGCAGGGAGAGGGCCAGGCUUUGAGAAAAGGAAAGUGAAAGUACUUGGAGCAGAUCGUGCAGAGCCGAAGGCAGAGUUGCCGCGCCUGCAGCCUCCCUCCACCUUCGGACGCUUAUGCCACAUCUGAGGGACUGAAAGGCAGACUUUCUUGUUAGAGCUCCGAGAAAGGACAGAGGCAGUGAAGACCUAAUCAAAUGUGACCUUUGGCCAGUUCCAUGGCCUGAGAAGAUGACAAGUGGAGGCAGCUACCUCAACUGCAGAAUGUUCACAGUGGACCAGAACCUGGAGGACCAGAACUCAGAGGAGCAGUUUUUCUAUGAGCUCUUGUUCAGGCUCUUCAGAGAAAACAAGGUGGAGAUUGCAAGUGCAAUAACAAAGCCGUUUCCUUUCCUCAUGGGCCUCCGAGACCGGGGCUUCAUCCCUGAGCAGAUGUACGAAAAUUUUCAAGAAGCUUGUAGAAAUCUAAUCCCGGUGGAGAGAGUGGUGUAUGAUGUUCUCAGCGAACUGGAGAAGAAAUUUGACAAGACGGUUCUGGACGCACUAUUCAGCAGGGUUAACCUGAAGGCCUACCCUGAGUUACUUCUGACUUACAGAAGCUUCCAAAAUGUGAUUCGUGACAACUUCUGUUACCAAGCCAUUGAUGAAGGAGAGACAAAGGAGAUGCUUAACUUACAAUUAAGCCAAGAACAAGUGUCCUUGGAACACACACCUUUCCAAAUGAAUACUGUAAGCUGGUUACAAGAUACACCCAGCUUACUGCCAUAUGAAAGACGAGAGAUCAGCAAUGCCUGUUGGGAGACUUGUGGUGGAGAAGGGCCCCAGGAAGCCACGAGCUCCCUACCAAGAUGUGGGCCAGCUCCCCAAAUGACCAAUGAAGAACCAGAGGAGGUGCCCAGUCAACCACUACGUGAUGGAGAAGUAUCUGGUGAACUGGAAGCUCUCCAAACGAACACAGAAGAGUUAGAAGAGCCUACUUCUAACCCACUAUCCUGUGACGGACAAGGAGCAGAGCUAUCAAAAGAUGGACAGGAGAAGUGUUCCUGUGUUAUGUGCUUCUCAGAAGAUGUGCCAGGAGGUCCAGAAGCAAGGACCAAAAACAACCAAGCUGAUGAUGUGAUGGACACUGCGAAUCUUGGAAGCAGCUCCACUUUGAGAAAACCCAAGAGGAAAAGAAAACAAAAGAAAGGGCAUUCCUGGACAAGGAUAAAAAGGAAAUAUCAGAGAAACACACAUCGAGAAACCCUGGAUGACGGAAAAGCUGCUGGCCAGCUGGCUUCUAAUGGAAAGAAGGUGAAAAGGCAUCUGAAGAACCCUGCCAAGAUCAGGGGGUCAAGAAAAUACAGGCAUGAAAAUGUGAAUUUUCACUCUCCAGUACUUCCUGUGACCUGUGGUAAGGUGAAGGGGAUGUUACAUAAGAAGAAGUUGAAACAAGGAGUCUUGGUGAAAUGUAUACUGGGGGACAAUGGGAACUGGUACACCCCCAGGGAAUUUGAAAUCCGAGGAGGCCAUGGAAGAUCAAAGAACUGGAAGCUGAGUGUCCGCUGUGGUGGGAGGACCCUGCGAUGGCUGAUGGAGAAAAAAUGUCUCUAUAAUCCUCCAAGGAUACAUUGGAGAAAAAAAAAGACAAUACUGAAGUCUCAGGACACUACCUUAGUUGACCCUUGUCCAGGAAACUCAGAUUUGUGUGAGAUGUGCCGGGAUGGAGGAGAGCUGUUUUGCUGUGAUACUUGUUCGAGAUCUUUCCAUGAGCACUGCCACAUCCCACCUGUGGAAACUGAGAGGAGCCCGUGGAGUUGCACCUUCUGCAGGAUGAAGGAGCCCUCAGGGAGCCAGCAGUGUUACACAGAAUCUGAGGUCCUGGCGAGGCAGAUGGGGCCUGAGGAUCAGUUGAAGUGUGAGUUCCUCCUCUUGAAGGUCUAUUGCCAUUCAGAGAGCUCCUUUUUUGCGAAGAUUCCGUAUUAUUAUUAUAUGGCAGGGGCUUCUCGAAAUCUAAAGGAACCCAUGUGGCUGGACAAAAUAAAAAAGAGACUGAAUGAGCAGGGUUACCCCCGCGUGGAGGGGUUUGUGCAGGACAUGCGCCUCAUCUUUCAGAACCACAGGGCAUCUUACAAGUUCAAUGACUUUGGCCUAAUGGGACUUAGACUGGAGGCAGAAUUUGAGAAGAAUUUUAAGGAAGUGUUUGCUAUUCCAAACAAACGAGAACAGUUCAUUGGUAUAGUGGGUGCUGCUGCCGUCCUGGAAAUCCCCUUUGUGCACAGAUGACUCAUCUCUCAGCCCCUGCCACCCGCACCCGUCUCCUCAGAGCACUGCCUUCCGCCAGAUCUAGCCAGCUUCACCUGAAGGUUGCACUUCCUUGGCCUGUGGGCCGGGUUCCUGCCCCAAGGUGAACCCGACCCCGCAGUAUGAUUCACACUCCUGUGCUCCCCAUGGGAUCAGGCUGGAGCUAGUCUGCAGCUGUGACCACAUCCUUGCUUAGCCUUUCCCAUAGUACUGUCCCGCUCCCUCAUCCCUUUCUCCUGAAUUAAUUCAAAAUAAAUCGCUUAUUCAAGA